AUGAUAUUGCUAGUAUCAUACUUGAUUAUCUCGUACAUUCUGCAGCUAAAAGACCAACACAAUGGGAACAUCUUGAUCAACAAGGAGGGACACAUCAUCCACAUUGAUUUCAGCUUUUUGUUGAACAAUUCGCCGGGCUCAAUUGGCUUUGAGAUGGCCCCGUUCAAGCGCAUCCAGGACUACAUCAAGGUCCUCAACCUGCCGAAGAGAAAUCUGAUUGAACUUGUCCCCCCUUCACUCAAUUCUGUCUUCACCCGACUCUACGACUCCUUCCAGUACUUCAGCCAGGGCGUCCUCUGA